UAUAUCGCAUCCACUUACACGAUAAUUUAAGAUUAUAUGACUCGCGUACUCUAACUCUUUAUAUAUCUACGGUUAUAACAGAUAUUUAUUGCAGUUUCACAGUUGUUCAAAAUUUUAAGUAUUAGAACAUAUCUAAAAAUCAUCGAAAUGGAAAGACGAUAAUGAUGACUUGACUAUGAUAACUUCCUUUCUGCUGUGACGUCCAUAUCUCAUAAAGAGGUUAUUUGAAGGUUAGUGGUUUUCACAUUCGUGUUCUAUGUAUAUAUGUAGUGCUUAAAGUUCUAAAACAGACAACAAUUUAAAUAUCUGUGAAGGUCACCUUUUAUGAACAUUAUGUCUAUUCAUUGGGGUAUAGCAGGUGCUGGAAAAAUAUCACAUGAUUUUGUAACAUGCUUACGAACAUUGCCAGAAUCUGAGCAUGUAGUUCUUGCAGUAGCAGCACGUGAAUUAUCAAGGGCACAGAACUUUUCUAGCUUACAUAAAAUUAAAAAGGCGUUCGACAGUUAUAUAGAGCUAGCGGAAGACAAGAAUAUUGAUGUCGUAUAUAUUGGAACGUUACAUCCUCAACACUUCGACAUUGCAAAAUUAAUGUUAAAUCAUGGAAAACAUGUUUUAUGUGAAAAACCUUUAACUAUGAAUUUGAAGCAAACAACAGAGUUGAUAAAUUUAGCAAAGGAGAAGAAGUUGUUCUUAAUGGAAGGUAUUUGGAGUAGAUGCUUUCCUAUAUAUGAAACUCUUAAAAAAGAAAUUGAAUCCGGAAGUAUUGGAGAUGUUCAUCAAGUUCUUGUAUCUUUCGGAUUUAGAAUGCCAGAUGUUCAACGACUCAACAUUAAAAGUCUAGGAGGAGGUACCGUAUUGGACUUGGGCGUGUAUGGAAUACAAUUUGCUUGUUUAAUAUUUAAUAAUGAAAUACCUCAUACUGUACAAGCUGCUGGGUGCUUAAAUGAAGAGGGAGUUGAUCAAUCUGUAUCUACUACCUUUCUUUACAAAGGAAACCGUACUGCAACCAUUAUUACUCACUGUCUAGUUGAUUUACCGAAUGAAGCUUACAUCAUUGGUACAAAAGGAAUGAUAAAAGUUCCGAACUUUUGGUGCCCUACAACACUAGAAUUGCCAAGUGGUAAAAUAAAUAUACCACUUCCUGAAACUGAAUAUAAGUUUAAUUUUAUUAACAGCGUUGGAUUUGUUUAUGAAGCUAAUGAAGUUCGCAAUUGCAUUUUAGCAGGUGUAACCGAAAGCUCUAAAGUACCGCACAAUGUUUCUUUAUUAGUUGCACAAUUAGAGGACGAAAUUCGAAGGCAAGUUGGAGUUACAUAUCUUGAAGAUUGAACCUUAUCAUAGACGAAAUAAUUUCAACGUAGUUAAAUAUACUAAAUAAUGUGUAAUUACAUUAAUUCAUAUCAGAACUUCAGAGAAGCUUUCUUUUAUAUACACAUAUAUGUAUAUGUAAGAUAUGCUCUGUAUUAAGAAUAAGUAAACAAUUUAUGCAUCGCUAA